AGAAGAAUGCAGUUGUUUGCUAGCCGAGCAUUUUGCAAGAAGAUACAUCGUACUGAGAGGUCUACACUUGUUUUAAGGAUAAGCUUGCCUGAGAGGACUCAGAGAAAACAGUUUCAAUAUUUUCCUAAGGACUAGUACCCGGUUUGUUCAGAAAUUUUUACGGCGUCAGCGGAAGUUGCUAGCUUUUCUGAGGACAGUAGCCGAGCUCAACAACACAGGCCUGAAAGUAAGAGAGAACGACAUAUUUUCUGUCGACCCAAAAUAACGAAUUUACAGUCUUUGUGUGCAGUAAAUUAUGUCUAAAGUCCAAAUACUGAGAUAUCUGGUGAACCAGAGACUGACUGCUGCUGCUGAAGAGAUAUUUGAGCUGUUUGAAAGAACGAUAGCAGAGUAUGAGGAAGAACUUGGUCGAUCUAAAGAGAACCCACACAAACGACUGGAGGCUGUUCUCAACCCUGAAGAGGAUUCACAAAGACCAGAUGUCCAGCAACUGAUGGUGGAAAAAGAAGAGCAUCUCCCUGAUCAAAAAGAUGGAAGCCACAGUCCAGAGCAGGAGGACCCACCUAGACUAGCACACAUAAAAGAGGAACAGGAGGAACUAUGGAUCAGUCAGGAGGGAGAACAGCUUCAAGGACCAGAGGAGGCUAAUCACAACAUGUUCACAUUCACUCUUUUUCCUGUGAAGAGUGAAGAGAAUGGAGAGAAAUGUCAUUUCUCACAGCCUUAUCAGAGACAAAGUGAUCAGAAAGAAACAGAGGAUGAUGGAGGAGCAGGAACAGCCAGAGACGUUCGUCCAGACUAUCAUUUACAACAUGCAACUGAUGAUGAGACUCUGCAAUCCUCUGAAUCUGAGGCUGAUGGCAGUAACUGUGAUUGGGACACAACUUUGGAACCUCACUCUUGCUUAAACUCUCUGCAAAACAAAGACAGGAGUGAUGUAAAAUGCAACACUGGAAAUGAAUCUGUUCUCUCAUCUGAAAGUGCUUCAAGCUUGGGACCAAAGAAACAACUACAGAAACGAAAAGAAUUCCAUACAGGAGAAAAACCAUUUUGUUGCUCAGUUUGUGGUAAAAGAUACCCUUACAAGAGAUAUUUACAGCAACACAUGUUACGUCAUUCAGCAGAAAAACCUUUCAGUUGUUCAGUCUGUCAUAAAGGUUUUCUCUGGAGAAAAGAGAUGAUGACUCACAUGAGAUUCCACACAGGAGAAAAACCAUUCAGUUGUCCAGUCUGUGGCAAAGGUUUUGUUCUACAUGGAAAUUUGAGGCAACACUUGACGGUCCACACAGGAGAGAAACCAUUUAGUUGCCAUGUGUGUGAUAAAAGAUUUGCUAGGCUGUCCUAUCUAAAAAAACACAAGUGUGUUUGUAAGAGCACUGAAAAAUAAAUGAAUGCAUAGAAUACUCAGCAGAUGUGA